UUUUUUUUUUUUUUUUUUUUAAGUAAUUCUAAAUAUACUUACUUAUUGCAGUUACUUAGAACAUCGUACUCUGCAUACACGUUGUUGCAACGGUUAUAAAACCAAUGCAAAGAAAAUGAUGUAUAUAUGCGCAAUAUAUAAUAUAUGCUAAAUAUAUAAAUAGUAUUUAAUGUGUAUUAAUAAUUGGCAAAUUAAAAUUAAUAAUAAUGUACCUGUGAAAAAAAUAGUUUUUUUGUUACAAAAGUAUACGGAAUUACAAGUAAUAUAAUAAAACACUACAUUUUUCAAAUGUUUCACAUAUUAGUAAGAAACUAUUGUGUGUCGUAAAGUAAAGAUCAGAUAUGGUAGAACAGAUUACCCAAUUAUUAUAUCUAUUCGUUCGAAAUAUUAUUUAUGUGCGAUAUACGCCACAUUGUAGAAACAUAAAUUGUUAAUUGAAGUUACCUUGCGCUUUCCGAGUUUAUACUCAUAAUCAAUUAAAAAUACAUAGAGGUUUGUAGAAGAAAAAAAGCCAGAUAAUAUCAGAUCGAGGUAAAAUAAAAUUACACAGUACGACAGUAAUGAAUAAAAUAUUUUGUAAUGAAUGUGCGCGUACGACGAUGUAUCAAGAUUAUACGUUUGAAUUCUCCUUCUUGAAUUUUGUUUACAGCCUACAUCAUAAUAUAUAUAUAGAUACUAGAUUGCACUUUUUCAAAGAUGUUAGUUCGCGGAAAACAUCGCUCCUAGCUCGCUAUUACAAUAAUAAUAAUGCUACUUAUCGAAAAGAAUUCAGGGUUACAUGGGCUAUAGAUACUCUGGAAUUUUCAUGAAGUCAACUCACUCAUUAACGAUGACGAUUUUAUCCUGUAAUUGAUAUCAAUGGAAUAUUAGAUAUCGAAGAGCAUACAAAACUUUACAGCGUUUUACGCGUUACAUAGUUGAUGUGUGUAUUAAAAUUAAAACUGAUAGUGUAUUUUUCAGCUAUAAAAGCCUUUAUUUAUUGUAAGGCUAUUUAAGGACUCUAAAAAUGAGCGUGAUGAAAUUUAUACUCAUGAUUCUCGCAAUCGCUGGAUGCUGGCGACCGUUCUCGUGGACAUCACUGAUUAAGCAUGCACUGUAUAACGCUUAUACAUUGUUGAUAAUAAGCUUCUUAUGCAGUUUUACAUUCACGCAAUUUAUGGAUCUUAUUCUGAACGUCGAUAAUCCUGACGAUUUCGCUAGCACUCUAUACACGAUGAUGACUAUGUGCGUUUCGUGCUACAAGAUAUUCAGCAUGUGGAUGAAUCACGAGAGUGUCGCAGCGUUAAUUCGAGACCUUACUGCGGGUUUGUUUAAACCGCUGGUACCUGCCGAAAUUGAAAUUCGACGAAAAUUCGACAAAAUGAUACAGACCUACGCAAUGUGUUAUACUGCCAUGAUCAUAUUAUCGUGCGCAGGUAAUAUCUUGCUAUCGUUAUUGACGAACUUUAGAAAAAGGAAGUUAACAUUCAGAGAAUGGAUACCGUACGAUUAUUCGUCGUACGUGAUAUUUUGUCUCACAUAUAUUCAUCAGUACUUAGGCGUGACCGCCGCAUGUAUCGUUAACAUUUCUUGCGACAGUCUCAUUGUCGGUUUGCUACUGCAUCUGUGCUGUCAGAUAAAAAUCUUAAAAUAUCGUUUGAAAAAUAUUACAAAUAAUCAGAAUAUUUUACGCGAUUGUGUACGCCAUCAUCAUCAUAUAAUUGAAUACGCACGUGCGGCUAACGCGAGAUUCAACAAGAUAAUCGCGUUUCAAUUUUUAGUCAGUACAUUUGUAGUGUGUUCGAGUUUGUACCAAUUGACGAGAAUGACAUUAGGCGCAUACCAAAUUUCAAUGAUCUCAUAUAUGUCCUGCAUACUUGUACAAAUUUUUAUUUACUGCUGGUUUGGAAAUAAACUGAAGUUAACGAGCCUUCAACUUGUCGAUAGUAUCUUCGAACUCGAAUGGAUAACAUUAGACAAUAAAAUCAAAAAAAGUCUCUUAAUAAUUAUGAAUCGCGCAAUGAUACCUAUUGAAUUUAUCAGUGCGUAUCUUCUUAAGGUGAAUCUAAACUCUUUUGUAGGGUUGCUCAAAACGUCAUACUCUGCUUAUAAUGUGUUAGUACAAGUACAAGAACAAUAGUGUAAGCUACACACAAAUUGUUUUCAGUGCAAUAAUUUUUGUACAAUCUGUUAAACAUAUUAAUAAUACAUGUAUAGAUAUGCACCAAUUGUUUUAAUAAAUAUCUUAAAAAAUAUAUAAAACUUUUAUAUUACACGAACAAAU